UGUCAGUUGCUGUCAGAACGCGGCGCAAGCGUGACGUAUCGCCGCGUUCGACAUUUCGUUUUACCGGUUCUUUAUUAUCAGUAUCGCAUACCGUGACCAGUGUUUCAAAGAAAACUAUGUAAAGUGAAUAGUUAUAAAACUUCUACAUCGGUUAUCGGUAUAGUGAAUUCAUCUAAUCGAGUGCUAUUAUAAUAAAGCACUUGUAGGUAUCGCGGUUUGUAGCUUCACUAAUAUCGUGAGGUAGUGCCUAAAUAUUGCCAGUGUGUGAUGUGCAGUGUGCGUUAGCACUCGCUCGGAGUUAUGUUUAUCAAAGCUGGCCCUGGGACCGGCGAAGAGGAGAGACGCGGAUCCGUAUCUAAUUGGUUUUCCUCGUUGAGACGAGGCGGGAGACGGAGACGUGAAGAUACCACCGUCCCGUCCGGCUAUGGCUCUCUGGGCCGAAGAAAAGAUGGUACACAAGGUCGAGGGAAGACAAGAUCCGCCUGGGACCUCACCACCGUUACCAGAAUGCAACUCAAAGAUGAGCUGGGCGAAGUUGUGGCGGAGCUGGAGGCUCUCGACGGCCAGGAGGAGUGCAAACAGAAUAGCAAAGCCAAACAGAUGAGCAUAGGCAGGAAAAAAUUCAAUAUGGACCCCAAGAAAGGCAUAGAAUACCUCUACGAGAACGGAUUGCUGCAAAGGACACCAGAGGAUGUGGCGCAAUUUCUUCACAAAGGCGAAGGCCUCAGCAAGACGGCUAUCGGCGACUACUUGGGCGAGCGGUCAGAGUUCAAUGAAGCCGUCCUUCGAGCCUUCGUCGAAUUACACGACUUUACGGAUUUAAUAUUAGUACAAGCGUUAAGACAAUUCCUCUGGAGUUUUCGAUUGCCGGGCGAAGCUCAGAAGAUCGACAGAAUGAUGGAGUGCUUCGCGCAGCGCUACUGCCAAUUGAACCCGGACAUCUUCACGAACGCUGAUACAUGUUAUGUGCUGAGUUUCGCCAUCAUCAUGCUGAACACGUCGCUUCACAACCCCAGUGUGAAAGACAAGCCGGCGCCUGAACAGUUUGUAGCCAUGAACCGUGGUAUCAACAAUGGCGGAGACUUACCUCAUGAAUUGCUCUUGUCAUUAUACGAGUCUAUAAAAACGGAGCCCUUCAAAAUACCCGAGGACGACGGCAAUGAUCUGAUGCAUACUUUCUUCAAUCCGGACAAAGAGGGAUGGCUCUGGAAGCAAGGAGGAAGAUACAAAUCAUGGAAGAGACGCUGGUUCAUAUUGAAUGAUAACUGUUUAUAUUACUUCGAAUACACGACGGACAAGGAGCCGAGAGGCAUCAUUCCAUUAGAAAAUAUAUCGGUGCGGCCCGCCAGCGACCGGCAGCGGCCGCACUGCCUGGAGCUGUACGCGAGCGGCGGCGCGGACCUCAUCAAGGCAUGCAAAACUGAUUCAGAAGGAAAAGUCGUUGAAGGAAAACACACCGUUUAUAGAAUGUCAGCGGCGACGGCGGAGGAGCGCGACGAGUGGAUAGAGUGCUUGCGGCGCUCCAUCAGCCACAACCCCUUCUACGACAUGCUGGCGCAGCGCAAGAAGAAGGCGCAGCACAGCGCGCACGCCGCGCACUAGCACACACACACACACCGACAGACCUACAGACCGACAGACCGACAGACUUACAGAUCGACAGACGGACAGACCUACAGAACGACAAACCUACAGACCUACAGACCGAUACACCGACAGACUUUUUAUUGAGGGGGAAAAUGCUAUAUAGCACCGUCAGACAUUUAAGCUACAUGCCUGGUUUGUGUCGUGUUCAGGAUCAUUAGUGUUCAAGUUUUGAAGAAACAGACCUAAGUGUAUACAAACUGUUAGUGUUUGCUUUUGAGAAAUGUAAACGAUCGAAUACUGAAACAUUUAAAAACACCGUCUUAUAAUGCAAAUCUCAUUGAAAUUUUGAUUUUAUAAAGCGGCGUUUAUUGAAGUUUGAUUCGUUUCAGUAUUCGUAAGUAACAUCACAAUAACUAUAGACUAACCGAGAAUAUAAAAUCCUUAGCUUGAAGGAGAUUCAAUAGACUUCUUUGUUACCAGUUCUGUAAUUUUUCGUGUUAUGUCAAAGGAUUUUAUAUUUCUGGCCAUCCAAUAAUUCCAAUAAGUCGUAAAUCAGCAUUUUUGUGCUAUUUCGCUUGGAAAUAGAAAAUAGCAUAUCUAUGAUUGGGUUCAUGAAUUCCAAAUAAAAUUCUUCUGCAAAGAGUAAUGUUGUACAAUCUACAGAAUUACCAAUAGGUAAAUUGUGCCCUCGUUAAUUAUUUUUGUUGAUUUAAAAGUGUUAAAACGAGGGAAUGUCAAUUUUUGAACGGAGGUUUGUGAUAUCCAACCAUUCGUCCUUAAUUAAAAUAUUUUUUAUUUGUAAUUUUGUACAUUAACUUAAUCAGAAAAAAAAUUUCAUCAGAAAAUUCAAUUUGAACAAUAAAAUGCACAAAGUUUUUUUUUCUGUAAUAAAACUGAUUUAUAACAAUGAUAAAGUGACGUUAAUUUAUUUAAAGUCAAUUGAAUAUUAAAAGGAUUAUUUGAAAAUUACAUAAACAUUCGUCUUGAACGUAGAUAAAUAAUAAUUUGAAGUAAUUUAUUAAUAAUAAAUUAAAUGAAUAUUUGUGAUUGAGAAAGUUGGUAAUUUAGAUUGUCCAUGUAAAUAAGGAAAGGAAGACUGAGCGAGUAAUGGUUUUAAGAUAAAAAAAAAAAUCACACAACGGAAAAAAUAAAACUCCAAAAUUAAUAAAACUGACUUCCAUGAAAAAAGUGCCUGAUUAUACUGUAAUAUACCAUCGCCAUAAAACCGAUAGAAAAUCUAUAGAAAUAAGUUUUGUAAAUCAUUUGAUAUUUUUAAAUACUUAUGUAAUUCUUAUUAUUAUAUGAAAUUAACAGAUUUUCACUCAUCUAGGUUCAUAGAAUUCUUUCUUUCUUGUAUUUUUAGCGAAAUCUUGAUUCAUACAUCGAAAUGUUAGUUUUUAUAUAAUAAGAAUUGCAUAUGUAUUUAAUAUCUAAAUAUAAAUAAUCAGUUUAGGCGAUUGUGUUCCAUUUACAAUUUUACAAUAAUUUGCGAUUUAUGAAGUGUUCAAUGUUUUUAAGAGAUUUUUUGACAUGUUUUCGGAUGUCUUUGGUAGAUAUAUUGCGUUUGUAUGUUACAAGGAUGUUCCGGUGAGUAGCACUGAUAUCGAUUCUGUCAGAAAAUAUGUACUAAAUAAUCAAAAAAUGGUAAAAGAGGGCGCUAGUGAGUUAACAAUUUAGUUUCAAUUAUGUCCACCGGGUCAAAUAACUUGUCGGUCUAUAGCCGUGGUUAUCCGAUGACGCCCAGAAUCGCGACGCGCUCUUUUGCUCAGCCCUCUUACACAAAGUAAUAUUCGAUUAUAACUAUCGCAUACAAAAGUUAAAAAUAUUGAAACUGUAUAUGACAUUCGAUAAAUUACGUACUUGUCACAUAGUCAUUUCUAUGCCUUUUGACACAUUUUGUCCAUUCUACUAGCAAUAUCGCUAGUAGAAUCGACAAAAUAUGUAGGAAUAUAGACCUACAAGGAUCUUAUGGCAGUUUGACAUUGACGGAAGCUGCUAGUUUUUAUUGUUAGCGGGAACCUAAAAUUCCCAGCAUCUUUUGAAAUUCUCUCAUGUUGAAAACAAAACCAAACUACAUGCUAUUUUUUUACUAAAUUGAAUAGCGACAAACAACAGUGCAGUUCCCGCUUCCUCAUUAGUCGAAAAAUGACAUUGUGAGUUCACAAAAUUACCAACAUCCAUAUAAUUCUUGUAGGUCUGUAAAUACGUGCUUAUCGCAAGUUAUUGUCAGAAACAUUUUUGCUUAUCAGUGAUAUCGAUAAUCGAAUAUUACUUUGUCUAUGGUCUACUUUGUACUGUAAUAACGCCAUAAGUUAUGACGUCAUCGGCAAAACUGCUCACGAGUGUUGACACGUCUCA